GUUUUAUCAUUUUCUUUAAUUUUUUAUUUUAUUUUUGGAUUUUUAAUUUUUUUCUUAAUCAGAAUCGCCCCUCCACGCUUUCAAUGUACGUGCAUCCUACGCUCUUUGUCCACCUCAACUUCUCGGUCAACGGCCAGAGUUAUUUAAAAGAUCUGCUUUGAUAAGUUAAAUAUGUGAAAAUAUGUGAAAUAUAGGGAUCGGGAUGUUAAAACGAUGCAAGUACACGUAUGUAUUAGGCUAUUCAGCCUUUAUUUUAUAACUCAAAUCAUAAUAAUAUAAAAUUUAUGUAAUCUUUAAAAUAUUAUAUUUAUUGAGAUAGGGUAGCGGGUACUCUAACACUACUAACAUUAAGCGAAGGAAAGGAGAAUUUUAAGAAAAAGAAUUUCUUUUUAAAGAUCUUUUUCCCCUUAAUCAAGCCCUAAAUCCAGGGAUUCCAAAUCCCUUUAGAAUUCCAAAGUGAAAAGGAUAUAUAAGUGAAGUCCCAAAGAACUGGACGAAGUAUAAGAAACUGUGGAAUUUAUUAGGGAUUUUUGUAACGCUCUUUCUCCUCUGCGUUUGCAUGGGAUCGAUUGCUUGAGAAGAUGAAGAAGCGAUCGUCGGAGUUAGAGAGGCUUCGCCAACACACUAUAAGUUGAAAAUUGAGUCUUUCUCCCUUCUCUCAGAGAGCGGCAUUGAAAAUUUUGAAUCAAAUGAAUUUGAGGCUUGUGGUUAUAAAUGGAAAAUGAUCAUUUAUCCCGAUGGGAACGGACAUGAAAAUGGAAGUGAACAUAUUUCAGUUUCCUUGGCCAUUUCAGGGACAAGUUCCCUAGCUGCUGGUUGGGAGGUCACUGCUAUAUUUACCUUCUUUCUGUACAAUCAACUCUGUGACAAUUAUCUUACAGUGCGAGGAAAAAUGCGGCGCUUUCAAUCUGUCAAGUCAGAAUGGGGACUUCCCAAAUUUCUUGCUCAUAAAGCAUUCAAAGAGGCCUCUAACGGAUACCUUAUCGAUGACAAGUGUAUCUUUGGAGCAGAGGUAUUUGUUGUCCAAAGGCAAGCAAUUGGUGAAUGCUUGUCUGUCGAAAAAUCUAAUGACAAAUUUAAGCGCGAGUGGAAGAUUUGUAAUUUCUCAAACCUAGGGAUAGAUUGGUUAUCUGAAGAAUUUACUGUGGGAGAUCACAAAUGGAAAAUCUGGUUAUAUCCAAAAGGCAAUGAAAAAAACAGAGGAUGUAAUAUCUCGAUAUUUUUAGUUUCUGUUGACUCCAAAGACUUUGAUCACCAUCGAAAAGUGAAGGCAAAUUACAGCUUUUGCAUCAAAGAUCAGAUAGGUGGUGGAUGUGAUAAGCGAUUAUCUAGUAAGACAAUUCCACCAACUUUCAUUCUAAUGGUGAUAGUAUUUAUUUGUUACCUAGUUAACUUUUUAUGUUUAAGGUCAAUCUUGAGCUCCUCUUUUGCAUGGAAUUUCUUUUUGUGAAAUCAUUAGUUUCUAUUUGGAGGGGAGCUUUGGCGUAACUAGUAAAGUUGUUGUCAUGUGACCAAAAGGUUACGGGGGCCGUGGAAACAACCUCUUGCAGAAAUGCAGGACAAUGUUGCAUAUAAUAGACCUUUGUGGUCCGGCCCUUCCUCGAACCUCGCGCACCGAGGGAGCUUAUUGUACCGGCCUGCUCUUUUAUUUGUAUCUAUUUGUUCUCACUAACAAAUUUUCUAAUGGAAUUAUUUCUAAAUCAAUACCACUAUAAUUCUACAA